GGGCGUCGAUGGAGGCAGAACUUCCUGUCUGUCUCUCUGCAUCCCAGUGCAUUGAGAAAUAACUGAAAGCGAGCAUUCAUUCAAAUACCUUGACUGGCGUUGCUGAAGCUUUGAGGCUCAGUGGUGAUUCAGCUGCAAAGCGGAACCACGGACAGGAAAGGGGAAAGAAACAAAGAAAGGAAAGAAGAAAAGGAAAGACAGAGUGACAGACAGGGGACGUCAAUGUAUUUCGCGAAUGCGUCGAGCGCACUGAACCUAUCCAGGGGUGUAGCCGCGGUACUUCUCGUGCGCCUUCGCGCAGAGGGUGUGUGUGGCUGAGCGAGUGUGUACGAGAGGUGGUGUAAGAUCAGCCGGUGUGGCCGACCAGUCAGAACGAUGCUGGAGGGCAAUGUCUGCAGACAGAGAAGAUGAGAUUUGUCGAAAGGCGCUCGAGCUGCUCUCCGACCUGUGCUCCAAGGGGGAGGUGCAGGACGACAACUGCCUGGAUUUCAUUUACUACUUCAGGGAUCUGGCCAGACCGCGUUACACGGACUCAGAUGUAUCGGUGAGCCUGCUGUCCUUGCUUGUAACCACCUGUGGUCUGGCUCUCUUCAGUGUCUCUCUCUUUGUCUCGUGGAAGCUGUGCUGGGUGCCACUAAGUGGUCGUUUCCUUCCAGAUGUCCUCAAGGGGGCGCACUUCCUGGGAGGAGACCAACAGCCUGUCCUCACUGAGGUGGAUGGGGAGGAAAGGGAGUACAGUGAAGACAGCUGUGUGAAGGAGCCUUCAGGACCACCCAUGACUGUGGCUGUCCCAGAGUCAGCCCUAAAGAUAAGUCAUACAUCACCUGACAUCCCACUGGAGACCCAGGCCAAGGUGGAGAAAAACCAGGCCCACACUUUGGCCAGGGACAAAGUUCAGAGACAAAUCACUGAGCCUACCUCAUCUGUACGGCACAACUCAAUCCGACGUCAGAUGAAUUUGUCCAAUCCGGACUUCAACCCUGCUCAGUUUCAGCGCCAGGAGUCUCUGUCCGGUUUGGGCCGAAUCAAACCAGAACUCUACAAGCAGCGUUCGGUGGACACUGAUGACAGUCAUCGCACCGACAGCUGUGGACGUCUUCACUUCAUCCUGAAGUUUGACUUUGACCUGGAGCAGCUGAUUGUGAAGAUCCACAAGGCCCAGGACCUUCCUGCUAAGGACUUCUCAGGGACCUCCGAUCCAUAUGUCAAGAUCUAUCUGCUGCCUGACCGCAAAACCAAGCAUCAGACUAAAGUGCAUCGCAAGACCCUCAACCCAGUGUUUGAUGAGGUCUUUCUCUUUCCUGUGGCAUACACUGAGCUGUCAAACCGAAAGCUGCACUUCAGCGUCUACGACUUUGACAGGUUUUCACGCCAUGAUUUAAUAGGCCAAGUGGUGGUGGACAACUUCCUGGAUCUUGCUGACUUUCCGCGGGAGACAAAACUAUGUCGAAACAUACAAUAUGUAACCUCGGACAAUGUGGACCUGGGAGAGCUGAUGUUUUCAUUGUGCUAUCUUCCCACGGCUGGCAGACUUACCAUCACUAUCAUCAAAGCCAGAAAUCUCAAAGCCAUGGACAUCACUGGAGCCUCAGAUCCAUAUGUGAAAGUGUCUCUGAUGUGUGAAGGCCGAAGGCUGAAGAAGAGGAAGACAUCAACCAAGCGUAACACACUGAACCCAGUGUACAAUGAAGCCAUUGUGUUUGAUGUUCCUCCUGAAAACAUUGACCAGAUCAGCCUUCUCAUAGCCGUCAUGGACUAUGAUCGCGUUGGACAUAAUGAAGUGAUUGGGGUGUGCAGGGUGGGUAUUGAGGCCAAGAGUCUGGGGCGAGAUCACUGGAAUGAAAUGCUGAUGUAUCCACGGAAACCCAUAGCACACUGGCACCCACUCAUAGAGGACAAGAUGAAAGAGUGGGUCGGACAGGGAGCAACCGGGAGUGGAAGCCAUGGAGGAUCUACCAAUUCCCUGAAGACACCAACAUCACCAUGACCACACACACACACACCCACACACAAAAGUAGAGCCUUACAUAAAACACACAAUACGAGGUGCGACUAACAAGCGACUACAGUAGUAACAGCAGCUAUAAGCCAUUACUCAAACCUGUGAGUCAUUAGAUUGAACUAGGCUAUACUGUGCUAAGACUGUUGCAAAGGCUAAUCCCCACUUCUUACUUCCUCUUGUUUUCACAACAAAAACUACUUUACAUUCCAACUGAACUACUACUGUUCUUUCAUCAUUUUGAGUUAUUACUGACACUAUUAAGCUUUUUUAGUAAAUUGCUGUUUGUGGACCAAAUUUGAUUUGUUUUUAGGUGAUUGCUUGAAGUUGUAACUGGUGAUUUAGUGUAUGUGAGCUGUCAGCUGUCAAUGAUCCAGUCAGAGUUAAACAGGUGGAGUUACAGAAUUAAAUGACAGUG